AUCUCAAGAGCCACCAGGCUGGGGACAGGUGGCCCUGGCAGCGAGUGACAGCCAGCCCGGGUGGCUGGGGACACCGGGAUGGCCGGGAGGGUGACACUGCUCCUGUGGGCCCAGACCCUCGGCCUCGCUGGUGCCCAGAUGUCCCAGCUCCUCCUGGAGCCCCCCUGGAGGCCACCGGUGCUGUGGGACCCAGUGACACUGACCUGCCAGGGCUCGGGGACCACCAGUGCCACCACCUGGUACAAGGACGGGCAGCGCUCGGGGCAGCAGGGACCUGAGCGCCUCACUGUCACCAAGAGUGGCACCUACACGUGUUACAGACCCGACAGCGGGCGCAGCCCCUCGGUGACAGUCUCAAAAGACUGGCUGGUGCUGCAGGUGCCGGCGCGGGCGCUGCUGGAGGGGGACAUGGUGACACUGCGCUGCCGGGCCUGGCAGAACCGCACGGUCACCUCGGUGUCCUUCUACCGCGAGGGGGAGAAACUGAGGGGGCUCCGCGAUGGCACAGAGCUGUCCCUGUCCCCUCUGCAGCUGAGCGACAGUGGCCGCUACCGCUGCAAGGGCCGGGUGGGAUACUGGGGGUCGGAGGAAUCAGCAGCGGUGAGAGUGACAGUGCACGAGCUCUUCUCGGUGCCGGUGCUGGCGGGUCCCCCCGAGCCCACCGAGGGGUCCCCCCUGACUCUCAGCUGCCUCAGCACCCCCAGCCCCCUGCGGCCCCCAGCCCCCCUCCUGCACGUGUUCUACCGGGACGGGCAGGUGCUGGGGGUCCCGCAGGUGUCCCCGCAGCUGCUGGUGCCCUCCGUGGGGGUCUCCCACUCGGGGAAUUACAGCUGCCAGGUGCGCUCCGAGGGGGGGGCUGUGCGGAAGAUCAGCGCCCGGCUCCGCGUCACGGUGCGCAGGGUCCCGCCCUCGGGGGUGUCCCUGUCAGCGCAGCCCCCUGGGGGACAGGUGGCACUCGGGGACAGCCUGGUGCUGAGCUGCGAGGUGGCCGCGGGGACAGGUCCCCGGUCCUUCUCCUGGCACCGGGAGGGUUCGGGGGCACCGCUGGGCACCGGCCCCCGCCUGGAGCUGCGGCACGUUGGGGACAAUGACAGCGGCCAGUACCGGUGCCGGGUCAGCGACGGGGACAGCGUGGCCGAGAGUGACCCCCUGAAUGUCACCGUCCUGGUGCCCGUGGCCAAUGCCACCAUCACCCCCGGUCCCCUGUCACACCAAGUGUGGUCAGGUGACCCCGUGACCCUGAACUGCUCGGUGCAGGUGGGCUCAGCCCCUGUCACCUUCACCUGGCUGUGGAACGGGCAGGAGGUGGCCCAGGGUCCCCUCCUGGAGCUCAGGGACAUCGAUGUGGGACAUUCGGGCACCUACCAGUGCGUGGCCACCAACCAGCUGGGACAGGACGGGCACCGCGAGUUCCGGGCACUCAGCCCUGAGCUGGAACUGGAGGUGACAACGUGGGGACGCGGGGACACAGCAGUGGCCGCAGGGGUUGGCAGCUCCCUCCUGGCCCUGGUCCUGCUCGUGGCUGCCAUCGUGGGCUGGCAGUGGUGCCACCGCCGGGCCCCCAGGACGCCCCAGGACAAGUCAGUGGGGGAGGGACCCGGGGGUGUCCCCAUGUCCCCAGAUGCCACCUCGAUGCCACGCCGCUGUCCCCGCAGGACCCCCGCGGUGACCCCCGAGGGGGGGGAGGUGCUCUACAGCGACGUGGUGCCCAUGGCGAGGGCAGCGGGGUCCCCAGGUGCCACCCGCGAGGUGCCCCAGGUGACCUACGCGGAGCUGCGGGGACCGAGGUGGCACCCAGGGGACAGCGGUGACUACGAGAACGUGCUGUGACACCGGGGUGGCACCGGGGGGUGGCACUGGGUCCCCAAGUGCCACCCCUCAAGGAGCUGCCAGGUCCCCAAAUGCCACCCAGGGGACAGCGGUGACAUCCACGAGACCGUGCUGUGACACUGGGGGUGGCACUGGGUGACGCUGGGGACAGCCACACGCGUGUGUCCCCUCGUCCUGUGGGUGCCCACCCUGCCCGCGGCCACCGGGACCUGUCCUUGUCCCUGUCCCCUUCCUGGGGCCACUGGGACCUGUCCUUGUCCCUGUCCCUUGUGACCGUGACCACCACGAGCUGCUGGCAGCUGGCCCUGUCCCCUCCUUGUGGCCAUUGGGACCUGUCCCUGUCCUUGUCCCUGUCCCCUCCCUGUGGCCACCGAGACCUGUCCCUGUCCCCUGGCCCUGUCCCUGUCCCCUGUCCAUGGCCACCGUCCCUCUGUCCCUCCGAGCCGGAAUUUGGCUCUGGGGACAGCCCAGAGUGACCCCCGGGGGGGUUGGGGACAGUCAGGGGGUCCCGGGAGGAUUUGGGGACGGCCCGGGGGGGUCCCGGGAGGAUUUGGGGACAGCCCGGGGGGUCCCGGCGAGCGGAGCCCCCCCCGAACCCCCCGGUGUGCGGGGUGGGGGGGGGGGGGAGGUUAAACUUUGAUUUCUGUCACAUUUUCUGGUUUUCUGGACAAUAAAUUCAAUUUUUGUCGCCAAA